CUAGUUUUACUAAAUUUGCAUAAAUAUCGGUUUAUUAGAGAAAGAAAGGACGGAAUGAAAAAAUGGUUGUGUACAAAAAAAACAUGUUAUGCGAGUAUUUUGACAAAUGGAGAGUAUGUCCAUGAAACAAUUAAUGAACACAACCACACUGAAAAUUCAAAACAGAACAUUGAACGACAAGUAUUACGGGAAGCUUGUAAAAGAAAAUCAAAUGAUACUAUUUGUGUAAGACCCAUAAAAAUAAUUAGAACCGAACUUAUAGGGAACAGUCACUCUGAAAUCGAACACAGAGAUGUACGAUCAAUUCGAAAAGCAAUGUACGAUAAACGUCGAAAAAAUUAUCCCGCUUUUCCAAAAUCACUAAAUGAGUCAAUUGAACAACUUAAAGCAAUGGAAGAUGACGAUGUAAUACAAUUUCAAGGUAAACAAUUUGUUUUUAUUCCCGACAAUAAAUCGUUUGUUUGUGUUACUACACAACAAAAUCUUUAUUUUAUGACAAGUACAAGUGAAUUUUUCGCUGAUGGUACUUUCAAUUAUGCACCAAAAUUUUUUGCCCAAUUGUACACAAUCAAUGGUUAUAAAAAUGGGUUUUAUGUACCAGUGGCAUACUUUUUAUUACCAAAUAAAUCAAAAAAAAUCUACGCAGAAAUGUGGUUGUUUUUACAAGAACUAUGCGAAAAAAUUGUUUUUAAAAAUUUAUUGGUUCUUAAAUUACAUUUGGAUUUUGAAAUCAGUGCCCAUGAAGCGGCAAAAGAAGUUUUCCCAAACAUCGAAAUAGAUGCAUGUCGAUUUCACUUAGGACAGUCUUGGUGGCGCAAAAUUAAUUCUGAAAAAGAACUUCGUUUGGCCUACACUAAAAACUCCGAUUUGGGAAAAUGGUUAAAACUUUUUUUUGGAUUACCAUUUUUACCUUUUCAAGAUAUUCAAAAUGCGUUUGGUGAACUCAUAUCAAUUUGUCCCGAUUUAAAUAUUGGAUGUUUGUUUUCUGACUACAUUUUAAAUACAUACGUGGAGAAUGGUUGUUUAUUUCCACCAGAAAUUUGGGCACAAGAGCCAUCCGAAAAUCCUCAGUAA